ACACCGUGUCCCAUUGCAGUCGGACACUGUGCUGAGUAUGCCAUGGUAAUGCUAUGCAUUGCGGCUGUCACACGGCAUCCUUGUUGCCGCGGGCAGUAGGGCAGGCAGCCUGUGCCGUCACUUCCUCCUCUGGUCCCUCGGAUUUGCGUUCCGCCGCAUCACUUCCGUUGCUGUGCGGCUGGUUGCUGUGUCAUGGCGGAGGCCGGCGAGGAAGGGGAUGGCAGUUACCGGUUGCGCUGCUCUAUUCCCGGGCACGAGCUGGACGUGCGGGGCGUCACGCGCUAUCCGCUCACGGCCGGUGAGGGCUUUGUGUCGGUGUCACGUGACCGGAGCGCGCGCCUCUGGGGGCCAGACAGGUGAGCCGGUUCGCGAGCCCCCUGUGGGAGAUGGUCUCGCGGGGGCCCCCCGACACUAAACCGUGCAUUGUGACAGAGCUGGCGGCGGUUACUAUCAGGGGAGCCGCGUGCUGAUAAAUGAAUAGAGAUAUCAAACUUUAAUAAAGCUGCUCCCAGGGACCACCAUAACCACCUCACUGCCUGUGCCCCCCAAUGUGUGACAAUGGCAGGAGGUUUAUUUAUGGAUGGGAUGUACCACCCUCACACAUUAACACUUCUGUCAUAUCUAUCUCACCUUUACAUAUCAUGUAACAUGCAUAGUAUAAUCUGCCUCCAUAGAAGGGAUGUCUCUAGCUCACUCUCUGUAUUCAUUAGGGAUGUCUCUAGGUCACUCUAUUCAUUAGGGAUGUCUCUAGGUUAUUCUAUAUUCAUGAGGGAUGUCUCUAGGUCACUCUCUGUGUUCAGUGGGGAUGUCCCUAGAUUACUAGAUAUCUUUCUUGUGACCAAUCUACAUAUAAUUGGGUGCUUUUGCGCACAAAAUACCAAACACAAUUAAAGGGACACUAUAGUUACCAGAACAACUACAGCUUAUUGUAUUUAUUCUGGUGAGUAUAAUCAGUCUGUUCAGGCUUUUUGCAGUAAACACGGUCUUUUCAGAGAAAAAUCAGUGUUUACAUUACAGCCUAGGAAUACCUCCAGUGGUCACUCAUCAGAUGGCUACCAGGGGUGCUUCCUGGGUCAGUGCUGCACAGUCAUUCAGUGUCUCCACCCUCUGCACCGAGACACGAAUCUUUCCUCAUAAAGAUGCAUUGAUUCAAUGGAAUAAAAAAAAUGAAUAUUUAAAAAAAUUAUAUAUAUUUUUUAAAUGCCUCCCCUUCCCCCCAUCCCCCAUUUUACACAAAUUACAUACCUACAGAAACACACACACACACACACACUCUGCUUUAUAUACACACACACUACACAAACACACACUAUGCAUUCAUUAUAUACACACACUACAGAAACACACACUCUGCAUUCAUUAUAUAUACACACACUACACAAACACUGCAUUCACUAUACACAUACUACACAAACACACACUCUGCAUUCAUUUUAUUUAUAUAUAUAUAUACACACACACACACACUCUGCAUUCAUUAUAUAUACACACUACACAAACACACACUCUGAAUUCAUUAUAUACACACACACUACACAAACACACUGCAUUCACUAUACACACACACUGCAUUCACUAUACACACAUUGCAUUCACUUUACGCACACUACACACACUACAUUCACUAUACACACUACACAAACACACACUCAGCAUUCACUAUAGACACUACACAAACACACUGCAUUCAUUAUAUACACACACUACACAAAUACACACUUCAUUCAUUAUAUAUGCACUACACAAACACACACAGCUCCCCUGUCUAAACACACUGCAUCCACUACAUGUGGCAUGUAUAUUUUGUGCAUUUACCUUUAGAAAUAGUUUUGUUUUUUUCAAAAUGGUAAAUGUAUGAAUAUCGGUAAGCUAUCUGCCUGAAAGUUCACAGAUUAUCGGUAUCGGCUCUAAAAAAUCAAUAUCGGUCGAUCCCUAGCUUGGAAUAAAGGUAAGAUUGUACUAUAUUUAGAAGUCGCCCAUUGGGGGCUAGAUGGUAUUUUUACACUGUAGGGUCAGGAAAACACGUUUGUGUUCCUUAAAAUCAAGAAAAGCUUGAUCAUUGUUUGGAGCUUUGUUUAUGCACAUUGUAAUUUGGAAGAUUACAUAUAUAAGAUGUCAAUAUCACAACUACUCAUGUCUUCCUACUAUUAUAGUUCAGCCUAUUUUGGCUUUGAUGUGUCACACUGAAUGGAAAGAUUAUUGCCUUUUAACAGCUUCCCAAGAUCUUGUGGAUUGAAUUGGGGACAUAUACAUCUAAGACACUGCUCAGAACUCUCAGACUCCCAGGCCUCUGGUAGAGGACCCGAGAAUGAGCAAUACAUAAAAACAUUCCAUCCAGUGAGUUGAGAAAGUCAAUAUAUAGUAUAUAUUGCUCGUCUCCCUCAUGGAAGCACCAUCUUGUUUGCAUUAUUAUUGUUCUGUGCUCAUUUUACUCAGCCUCUGCUAUUUGUAACUUGAUAGAUAUCUGAUUCCAGCCAGCAGUUUAAUUGCACAUAUAAAGUAGUGCACACAAGGAUGGAUAUCUAAGCACUAAUUAAUAUUUAGUUAUUGACACAGCUACCAAGAACAGAAACCUAGAAGGCAAAAUAGAUCCCGUGUUUACAUAAACAUUUUGAAAAUGAGAAACCAUAAAAUAAGAGAAAUUAGAAGAAGAAAAAGCCAGAGCCUGGCUAAGCACCAUAACCACAACAGCCCCCUGCUUUGUGCCCCCAAUGUACAUAGUCAAACAGUUAAGUAAUGGGUUGAUUACUUAACUGGGGUUCACCAGGCACUAUUCCACACAAACUCUCUGCUGGAAGUACCUGCUUAGGACAGGUGUGGAGUGCACCCCAGGCAAGAGGGCAAACUGUUAUUAAAUGGGGACGGUACCAGGGCAAUUAUGUCACCAUAACUACUACUGCAUACUAUAUGAUCCUUUAAAUAGUUUUCUCAUAUUCCUAGAAGGAACAAUAAGAAGGUAAUUUUAUGAUAUACCUAUGUCCAGGGGACCAGCUCAGAGGCUUGCCAGAGUGUUUGGGUUUUAUCCGAAUUUUGUCCAUUUUCCACGAAAGAAGCACUAUAGCGUUAGGAAUACCAAACAGUAUUUAUAGCACUAUAGUGCCCUAGUCCCUAUUUAGCACUUCUCCUGUAGACCUGAAUGGGAGAACUGUUGAGUUACUAGAGUUAAAGCAACAAACAUGUAUUCCUGACGAUAUAGGUGUAAAUACCCAUUUUAGGUCCGUGGUCCCCCUUGACUCCAAUUGAAAGGUUAAAGAACUCUCUUUUAUUCCAUCGCAGCUGGCCCCUCCUCCUUGUCAUCAAACUUGAUGAUCUCAGCCAAUCCAAUGUUUUCCUAUAGAAAAGCAUGGGGGGGAGGUGCACAUGAACCUCUAGUGGUGUUUCUAGGCAGCAAUGUGAACACUGCCCUUUCUCUGAAAAGACAUUGCUUACAUUUAAAAGCCUGCAGGGACAUACUGUACACAUCAGAACAAUUAGAUUAAGCUGUAGUUGUUCUUGUUACUAAAGUGUCCCUUUAAGUUUUUUCGGAAUAGAAUCUAGGCCAUAGUUUGAAGAAGUGUAUUGAUGAUACUACAUUUCGCUCUCAAAAAUGACUUGGGCAUGUUAUUCAUUAUCCACUUUUCUUGGGAACAUAUGAUAACUUAUUUUUGGAAACAUUCACUAGUUUUGCUAUUAUACAGAACAGCUGUGCUUGGACAUUUUUGUUCACAAAGUCAGCAUCGUGACUAGUUAAGGUUUAUAUCUUCAUUAAUGCCAACCUGUAUGCAUUUAGUCCUAACAGAGGUUUCAAUGAAUUACAUCGGAUGACCGGGCACAGCAACUUUGUCUCCUGUGUAUGUCUUAUACCUCCAAGUGAAACUUACCCACGUGGAUUGAUUGCUACUGGAGGGAAUGACCACAACAUCUGUGUGUUCAGCUUGGAUAACACAAAACCCCUGUAUGUGUUGAAAGGCCACAAAAACACAGGUAGGUAUCACUAUGUCAGGAUAAAUUACACUGUCACUCCAGAUUGAAAUGGAUUACCCCUUUUUAAUGUACCUCCUUUGAAUUCUUGGAGACCGAACCCACAUAUUCUAAAUCUUAAUCACAUUUAGGCCUCCCUUUUAUCCAGUGGGUAUCUAGUGUCACAUUUGUGCCUGCAUACCAAAUACCAUUUACAGUCAUACAUUUAAUGUAAAUCAAUGAAAAGCACUUGUUAGUAAUUUCAACUGGCCAUUGCUUGCAUUCACUCAAACAAAUUAUCCUGAACAGCGUUCAAUUGCUGAAGUUAUGUUGGCACUGUUUUCAGUGUCUAUAUUCCAUUACAAACUUCUCUUACUUAAAGUCCCAAUCAGUGUACGAAAGGUUUGUGGAAAGCACACAGACCACAUCCCCUAGUGCUGGCUAUUUCAUCUGAUUGUAUCCUCUCACUAAAAUCAUCCAUAGUAUAGUCAUGAGUGGAAAUGCCAGAAAGCAGGUUAAUAUAUUGCUCUGGUACUUAGAGAAUUACACAUGGGUCCUCCAGAGAUGGUUAUCAUAUACUUUAGGAUGGUUAAUAUGUAUAAAUUAUGAUAUAACUGAGGUUAUUACGACUUUUUCUUUCUAUAGUAGUCUUUAAUUUGUUUUUAUGUUUUAAUUUUUAUUUGGAGAACAAUACAGCUGAACACUUUGCUGCUUUCUUUAAACAGUGUGCAGUCUCUCUUCUGGGAAGUUUGGCACGUUGCUAAGUGGAUCUUGGGACACUACUGGAAAGGUCUGGCUAAAUGAAAAGUGUAUGAUGACUUUACAGGUAAGAAUCCUAUAGAUUAGUGAAUGUACUUCUUGCCCAUACUAUUACUGAACAACCAACAAUUGUAUUAAAUUAUUUGCAGCAGUAUAUAAAAUUUAGAUAUUAUUUGUUAUUUAAUAACAUGCGAUUUAACCCCCUUAAGAACACAUGACAUGUGUGACAUGUCAUGAUUCCCUUUUAUUCCAGAAGUUUGGUCCUUAAGGGGUUAAACUGUAAUUGUCAGUUUUCCUUUAAAUGUAUUUGAAAGUGGGUGGAGAUUACGUCCAAACAUAUACUUACAGAGAUUUGAACUUGAAUUUAAAUGUUUUUGUGUUACGUGGCAAAUGAGAUGUUAAAGCAUAAUAGAAUAAAAACAAAAGCCAGGCAGAAAUACAGCCAACUUGACAGACAUACAUGUAGUAGUAAUAUCAUUGUCUCACUGGCUGUCUUCUGCUGUCAGAGCUGACUUUCUCCCAGCAGCUUAGCUGAGCUCACAGUGGCUCAGUACAUACUGAGAGGCAGAGGCCAGCUCAGGAACACAUUGAGUGAAAAGAGAGCAUUGCUAAGAAAGCAGGUUUAUGCUGCAGAAAGCUGAGAACCUUUUUUUUAAUGUAUUUAUUUUUAAUUUUUUUUUGUCAGAACUAAAUAAAGAUGAGCAAUAUAGAAUUGAUCGAUGACAAAAAAAAUACAGGAAAUUCAUGAGGCCAAAAUCAGUAGAGCAUGUGUUGUGUUUCUACCUAUAGUGAUUUCAUUCUUAACAGUAAUCCUUCUCUUGAAAUGAGUAUACAAUUGCUUAAAGCGGCACUGUCAUGCCGAACUUACCUUUCCUCAAUCUCUUCCUCUUCUCCCCCUCUCUCAGGAUCUGUUAUUCUUUUCUUCCUGUCUUCUUUAGUUUUCUUUAAAAUCAUAAGACAAAGUAGGGACUCUUUGCCUUAUGGAGGAUUCCUCCGCUUGACCAGCUCUGACCAGCGGAGGAGCAAAGUGUGCUUCAUUUCCGCUGGUCAGAGCAAUUUUCCCAUGAUCCUUACCUUUCCUCUGUCUUCCCGCGAUUCUUCCUGUCACUUUACACGAAACUGCCUAAUUGCGUUCUAACUGAAUGAGAACAUUAUGUUCGUUUCUUUUAGAACUCAAUUCGGCAUUUUGUUCGGAUCGCAAUUUCAUUCGAAUGAAUGAAACUCCGAUCCUAUUCAUUGCCGCAGCUGCAUCUUGCAGCCGCUUAGUAGAUAACUCCCUAAUUCCCACGGUAUCAGGGAGUUAUCUACUAAAAGGUUGAAAGACCUAAAUUGGUCUUUCAUCCAACUUUACUAAUACUAAGUUAAGGUUACUUAGUAUUAGUAAAUAAUAUGCCCCUACUCGCUAUACCGCGAGUAGGGGCAUCUCUGGUAAACAGUGAACAGCCUGUGGCUGCUCACUGUAAAAAAAAAAACUAUUGGCCCCCACCGCUAAACGACGGGUGGGGGCCCUAAAGUAAAAUAAGGGGGGAGACCUAAUGUGUCGUCGUCCCCCCCUCCCCCCGGCCCCCACCCCUGGGCGGUGGGUGGGGGCCAUAAUGAUAAUGAGGGGGGGGACCUAGUGUCCACCCUUCCCUCUGGCCCCCACCCCUGGGCGGUCAUAAUGAUAAUGGGGGGGUGGGGGAGGGGGACCUACUGUCCUCCCCCAGCCCCCCACCCGGCCCCCACCCCUGGGAGGCGGGUGGGGGCCCUAAGUAAAUUCCCCCCCCCCGGCCCACACAAGGCCACCCCGUCCCCCCCAAAUAAAAAGUCCCUACCUACCCCCCUCACCCUAAAAAAUAGUAAGGGGGGAAUAAAAUAACUAACCUGUAAAAUAAAAUUAAACUUACCAUUCAACGUCUUCUUUUUUCUCAAAUCUUCAUUUUUCAGCCCCAAAAAAGGCGAAAUAAAAAAACAUCAUAACCGUCGAAUUUAAAAUAAAAUAAAAAUCCUGAGCGCAAAAAAAAAGACGAAAAAGAAAAAACCCGAGCGCCAAAAAAUAAUCCAUCUUCACCCAUGGAGGGCUCUGCGUAGGCUAAGCUCCGCAGGGCGGGGGAAGGCUUAUAAAGCCUUGCCCCGCCCUGCAAUUAGAACUUUCCCACGCUGUGUAAAAUGACACAGAGCACUGUGAUUGGAUGGAUUUCAAGCCAUCCAAUCACGGUGCUCUGUGUCAUUUUACCCAACGUGGGAAAGUUCUUUUUAAUUUUCCCACGCUGUGUAAAAUGACUCAGAGCACUGUGAUUGGAUGGAUUUCAAGCCAUCAGUGCUCUGUGUCAUUUUACACAGCGUGGGAAAAUUAAAAAAAAAAAAAAAAAAAUUGGUGGCUUAAACCCACCAAUCAGAGUGUUCUGUUCUAUAAGCCUUCCCCCGCCCUGCGGAGCUCAGUCUACGCGGAGCCCUCCAUGGGUGAAGAUAGAUUAUUUUUUUGCGCUCUGGUUUUUUCUUUUUCGUCUGUUUUUUUUUUUUUUUGCACCGGUAUUUUAUUUUAUUUUAAAUUCAGCGGUUAUGAUGGUUUUAUUUAUCCUUUUUGGGGCUGAAAAAUGAAGAUUUGAGGGAGGGGUAGCUUAUCAUUAUGGCCCCCACCCGCAGCGCAGGGGUGGGGGCCGGGGGAGAUGACAGUAGUUGUCAAAAAAACAGGAUUCGGCAUGACAGUGCCGCUUUAAUGAAAGGCAACUGUCAUGUCUCUGGAAGAUACGCUAUCGAAUAAAAAAUGUUAAAUCAUCUAAAACUUGUGUUAAAGAGAUGCUUUAGGAACCAAAUCAACUUUAUGUUAAUUAAUUAGCUUUAGCAUGCAGAUGAUGCCCAUGCAUUCUCACUGCUCAAUCCUCUGCCAUUUGAGAGUUAAAUCACUUUGUUUCUGUUUAUGAAUCCCUAACCACACCUACCAUGGCUGGGACUCAGGCAGCUUGGAAUAAAAAAGGUUUAAUUUUCAACCAGAUGUUAACUUGCUUUACAAGUUUUUACCUUCUGCUUUCUAAAUUGAACUUUGAUCACACACAGGAGGCUACUGUGGGGCUUAGAAGACUAUUAAUAGAGCAGAAGAUAAGAAAUUCUAAAGUAAACACAAUUUGCCAUAAAGCAAGUUUAAAUAUUAGAUUUCUCUUUACAUUAAGUGUUUAGGAAGGCUGUGUAAGUCGCAUGCGGGGAGGUGUGCCUUGGGCUUUUUGUACAAAGUGAUUUAUAUCCUAAAUGGCAGAGAAUUGAGCAGUAGGACUACAUGGGUAUGAUCUAUGCACCAAAACUGCUUCAGUAAGCUAAUAUUGAUUUGAUGCCUUUUGUGUCCCUUCAACUUUUUUUAUGUGAUACUUUAUUUUACUUUAAAUUUUUGUUACAUAUUUAGCAAAUUGCAUCACAAUCCAGUUCAGUCCAUGCACAACUAAGGCACACAUUAAGAGAAAUAGAAACAUUUCUCAUUUUCUCUGUAUGCUUUCUUUAUACUAACUGCCAGGUACAGAAGACCAAGUUUAUAACAAUGAUUGACAUGGAGCCGAGAUAGGGGAGUUCUUUUGCAAGAUAAAUGUGUGGAUUACUACAUUUCAUUAAUUUUUUUUUAAAGUAAACAUAAUAUUAAAAAAUGCAGCAAGUGCAAUUUCCCCUUUACGUUUAUGCUUCUGAAAAUGGCCUUUCUGAAGCCUUACUGGAGAACAGAACUAGCUAAAGCAGUGCUCUCAUUAGCUACUUUUAGCAUGACUGUGAAGCUUGGGUGCUCGCAGUUGAAAAAAUUAGCCACCUUUGACAAAUGAAGAUUUGGAGAAUACAAAGCGCAUGUGCAUUAGCUACUCAUGUUCAGUCUGUCUGCCCUCUUAACUUAAAUGGACACUGUUGGCAGUAUAACCAUUUCACAUAACCAUUGCAUUUCAUUGAGUUGGUUAUUAUGGCUGGAGUCUUCUGGCCAUACCCCCUUUACUUAGUGUUAAACUGCUCGCUAAUGGAUUACACUGAGUGAGAAGUUUACCAUGUUGGAAUUGCACAUGCUAGACAACAGGAUAAAGUCCACUUCGGUCCACCAAUGUAGCUUGCAGGAGCGAGUUCCCAACAGUUCAAAUAGAAAUUGAAAACCAAGGUGGUAUCCAAAAGCAGCAUAAUUUAUUUCAGGAAAAGGUUCGGCUCAAUAUCUGAGCCUUUAUCAAACCUUAAUAUGGUAUCACUUUCAUUUUCAAAGUUUUCUUUUGUUUUAUCUUGUAGGGUCAUACAGCUGCUGUAUGGGCAGUGAAGAUUUUGCCCGAGCAAGGUUUGAUGUUGACUGGCUCAGCUGACAAAUCGAUCAAGCUGUGGAAGGCAGGAAGGUGUGAAAAGACUUUUCUAGGUAUGUGAAUAUAAUUGUAUCCAGUCUAUUUUGUGGUAUUUCCAAAAUAAUUGGCAAUGUGGCAAUGUCGUUUGGUUAAAAGAAAAUUAUCUUGAUAAUAACAGUUGAAGCAUUUUAAACUGUUUUGCCUCUUUGAAAUAAUCUCAGAUCUCUUUUUUUUUUUUUUUUAACUUGUAGGACACGAGGACUGUGUUCGAGGGCUGGCAACUCUAAGCAAUAUUGAAUUUCUUUCCUGCUCUAAUGAUGCCAGUGUGAGAAGAUGGCAAAUAACUGGGGAGUGCCUGCAAAUCUAUUAUGGCCAUACUAAUUAUAUCUAUAGCAUAUGUCUCUUUCCAGAUUCUCAAGGUACAGAAUAUAGUAUUUUAAUGUGUAUCUGUAAAUCUGACUCUAGUAGUUUUAAACACCAGUAGUAGUAAUCAGGGAUUUAUAGGGGAGAUGCACUUAUUUUCUCGUGUUUAGGAGUUGUUAAGCUUAAAGUGGAACUGUCGCUACUCUGGAAAUUGCACCAUGGAAAAAACAUUUAAAUCCAUCUAACAUCUUUUUGUUUUGUUUUAUAUAAUGCUCCAUUUUCUUUAAAAUGUUUAUUAAGGGGAUUCUAUAGGCAUCAAAACUAUUUUAGCUUAAUGAAGCAGUUUUGUUGUAUAGAUCAUCCACCUGAAGUCUCACUGCACAAUUGUCUGCCAUUUAUGAAAUAAUCACUUUGUUUAUGCAGCCCUAGGUACACCUCCCUGCAUGUGACUUGCACAGCCUUCUAUAAUAUUUUAGGUUCCUUUAUUACACAGUCUAUUUAAUAUAUAAUUUCUAAUCUCCUGCUCUGUUAAUAGCCUUCUAGAGCCUGCUGUGUGUGAUUAAAGUUAAAUUUAUAGAGCAGGAGAUAAAAACUUCUAGAGCAAGUAGAAUGUCUAAUUGAAAAAACGAAAAAAUGUUUGUCAUUCAGGCUGGGUGUGAGUCACAGCCGGGGGGUGUGUGGUUAGGGCUUCAUAAACAGAAACAAAAGUGAUUUAACUCCUAAAUGGCAGAUAAUUUAGCAGUGAUACUGCAGGGGCAUGAACUACAUAUAAAAACAACUUUAUUAAAGAAACUCUCAAAGUAACCUAGCAACUUCAUCUAAAUUACGUUGUUAUGGUGUCAGAAUUCCCCUGGGCGCACUCUUACCUUAUGGAGAUAAACCGUUCUCGAACUGGAAAAUUCCAAGUUAACCCUUUAUAUCAAUAAUUUACUAUUUUACCACUAGCAAUAGAAUUUCUUUUUUUUUUUUUAUCUUGACAACAAUUAUCUGGUGGAACACCUGCCCUAAGUGCCACUAUCAACAAGCCUCCAAUAAUCAUAAUAUUAAUUGGCCUCCUCUGUUGUGUAAAGGGAUUGAUGGCUGGGAACAGCAUUUUACAAGUGAUGAAUUGUUAUAAAUAGAGGUGCAAAAAAGGUGCACUCAAUGCAGCAUAUCUUCUACAGCUGGGAGUGCUGGGUGAGGUUUGCUGUCUAGGUUGCAUGUAAUUGGCAUGAAUAAUGAAGAAGCAUAAAUAAGUAGUUUUAGAGAAAGUGCAAUUUGUACAUUGCAGUACAAAGACUGCCUCUAGUGGCUGUCUGCCAGACACCUACUAAAGGCGAUUCCUUGAGUUUCACAGCAUUUGAUUCCGUGAAAUGAUAUUGAACACUUUCACGCUCUGCAUGAGGGCAUCCAGUGUCAGAGAAAACCCCAUAGGAAAGCGUUAAGACAAUGUUUACCUAAGGGGAAGGCAUAAUGUGUGGCACUCGCCGUGCAUGCGCGUUAGGUCCCCCCAGUUGAAUGACGUAGGAGGAGGCACACCUCUGUUCUUAAACCGGGUACAUGAACAAAGAGUUAUUUAACCAUUUACAAUACGAGCAGGAAUCUAGCGGUUGCAGGGGCAGAGAAACACGUUCGUAUUGGGAAUACAUCUUUUUCCUUUAACUUGAGAACAAGAUACCACUCCAGUGAUGAUUGAUAAUUAUAGUCUUUCAUGUGAAAUGUUUUUACAAAUAUGUAAACUGCUUCUUUAGUGGGAAGAGAGAAAAGGAUCUAAUAACUUUUUUUUUUGCAUUCUGUAACAGGAUAUAUAAGUAGCUGACCUUGUAAAAUCUUUCCUUUCAGAUUUUGUGACUACAGCAGAAGACCGAUCUGUUAGAAUCUGGAGAAAAGGAGAGUGUUCACAGACAAUUCGUCUCCCUGCCCAGUCUGUGUGGUGCAGUUGUAUCUUGGAAAAUGGGGAUAUUGUCAUUGGAGCAAGGUAUCUAAUAAAUAAAUGGUUUCACCAGCCUUAAAAGUUCACAAAAAGAGAUUUUAAAAUAAUGGAUAAUUGAUGCAACAAAAGGCGUAUUUAAAGUGUAUUUCAAUGGUAAAGUUUUUAAGAUAUAAACCAGCUGAAGGGACAUUCCAGUGGUUUGCGCUAAACUUUUACUUUGUCACUUGGACAGCAACUGAGUAACAUCCUAACAGUAUGUAGAUUUUGGAAGUCUACAGAACAUGUUCUACAUUUGUUUAGUAGACAUGCUGUAAAAUCUAAAGCAGAUUGUUUUAAACCACUUCCUUACUUUUUGUGAGAUUCCUGUUUUGCUAAAUAUGCGUAUAGUUUGUCAGGUUUAGUCCCAAAUAUAAACAGACAUACUUUGUAUUGAUCUGUUGCUGUGAAGGUGAAUAGUCUACUAUUUAUUUAAUUCAAUGACUAUGUUGACCAUUCUUUUCUUUUUUUAAUUUACAUUUGCCUUGUAUCAAAUUCAGACUCAAAUGUCCCAUGUUCCCUCACAUGCUUUCGUGAAAGCACGUGUGCAUUUCUUGUGAAUUAUGGGUAAAAUAUAAUCCACUAUACAUGUUAUUCAUUUGUAUUUAAUUUGUGUGCUAGCUCCCUAUCAUGUGUUUCAUAUAAAUUGCUUGUGUAUUAUUAUUAUUUUAUUUUUUAUAUAUAUAAAUUUGCAUUUCUAUUUGUCAAUCUCUUGCAGUGUGAAGCAACUGCAUUGCAAAUAUGUAGCUCUGUAUCACUUUCCUCUUCAGGGGAUAGUUAACCUAGACAAUAAAGUAUUUGAUAGAUGUAAUUAUUCAUGAUCUUUCUGCUUGACAUGCCCAUAUCUGUAAUUUUAGCUUUGCUAAAGGUGAGCAUGCUCAUUUCACAAGCAAUACUUAAAGCAAACACAUCUAAUUCAAGAAUAUUGUCAAGAAAGUCUUUUUAUUUUUAGUGACGGUAUAAUCAGAGUAUUUACAAAGUGUCAAGAUCGCACAGCAAGCCCAGAGGAAAUCCAAGCAUUUGAAGAUGAACUCUCUCAAGCCACCAUUGAUCCUAAAACUGGAGAUCUAGGAGAUAUUAAGAUAGAGGACCUGCCUGGAAAAGACCACCUUAUUGAACCUGGUAGGGGCUAUCAUUGUAUUUUACACAUGCUUGCUAGCAAUUACAACUUGACUAAUAUUCCUUUCUCUGAAAAGAAAUGUCACUCUUCGUUAUGUUUUAUGGUUUUUCUCUUUACAUGUUGUCUGAUUAUAUCCAUUAGGAGGUGCUAUUGCACACUGAAAUGCUUUCUACAACAAGGUUGAUAAUGAAACGUAAAUGGAAAUUACAAAUCACACACAUCAAUGGAAAUAUUAUGUGUAUUAAAUAUAAGGAAAUUGUACACUUAUAAAUAUGGAGCCUUACUAACUCUCCUUAUUACAGUAUACAGAGUCUGAAAACACGUGGCACAAUAACAUAUAGAAAUGAACAAAUAUAUAUCAUGAUGCUGAUAUAAAAUGAAUGUUAGAGAGAGAGAUUGAGAGCAAGAUAUGUCUAAACACUGUUUGCUAACAGAUCAUUAGGUAAAAAGAAAAGCUCCUGUUGUAGCCCAUCACCAUCAUAGUGCAGAUGACCAGAAUAUUGGCAGACAGCCAGAUAAUGCCGUUUGGUUCUUUAUCUAUGGUGAAGCCAUAUUUGCUGGCACAAAAUACAAAUGUCAGAUUCCCUAAAAUCUCAAAAUUCUGCUUUAUUUUUGCUUUUUAAAAAGGAACAAAAGAUGGACAAACUCGGCUGAUAAAUGUAGACGGUAAAGUUGAGGCCUACCAGUGGAAUGCUAGUGAAAUGCGCUGGAUGAAGAUCGGGGAUGUGGUGGGGUCUUCAGGAGCAACACAACAAACAUCUGGAAAGGUCUUAUAUGAAGGCAAGGUGUGUAGAUUUUAUUGUUGUGUUGGUUCCCACAUGUAUAAGUUUGUUUUACUAUAACUGAGAUACCUUUAAUCAUAUCAAACCCAGAUAAUUAUCCUUUUGGUGUAAUGGUAAUUCUUUAGCAAAAAUUGAUGCUGCUUUGAAUCAGAUCUCCGUUGGUGCAGUAAUAGGGCUACUUGAGAUCUACAGAUAUUUUUUACAUCUGAAUUGUGAUUAAGCUGCCAAUUCAUUUUAGAUUUGGACAACUGUGGAAAAAUAUGCAGAUCCAUAAAACAGCAUACAUUAAAUGCUUUUACCCUUUUUCAAGCAAUCCCUACCAAUACACAGGCGGUAGAUAUAUUUUCAGUAAAACUGAUGUCUGUCAAAUCAGUUGAAUCUCUGCCUGUCACCUAAAGGUAGAUUUUUUAAAGUGUUAUAUUAAAAAAAAAAAAAGUGGUACUAAAAUGUAAAACUGGAGGACUCAUCAAAAGUGCUUGCAGGUUCCACUGGUUCCCUUUGUAAUUUCUCCAGUCUUCGUACUUUAGACCAUUUUUUUAUUUUAGGAUAGGACACUUUGAUAAAUCUCCCUUACAUAUAUCAAUGUUUUAACCGUGAGAAUAGCAGGUUAAAAAAUAUUUUUAAAUGUACCUUAUUAUAGCGUUGAGAUCUUUUGGCGCUGGCUCUGUCUCUGCUUCCUCCGAAGUCAGCGCAGAGGGGGUACCGAAUACAUAUAUGCGACAAGCACUGCAGGCACAUUAGGCCUUCCCCAUAGGAACUUUAAGACGCUGGAGGUCCUCAUGCAAAGCGUUAGGACAGCCAGUGACAUUUCACUGAAUUAAACUCCAUGAAACAGCAGGAAGCGCCUCUAGUGGCUGUCUAGUAGUGUACACAGACCACUUCAAUGAGAUGAAGUGGUCUGUGUUACUAUAGUGUCCCUUUAAAUUCACCAUUUGUGACUGUCUUCCCAACAGUCACUAAAGGUGCUUCUGCCUCCAGAACCAAGUCAAACUUGGUUCUUCAUUCAUAGAGCGCAUUUGAUUGGAGGAUGGCAGCAUUUUGCUGUCCAUGUGUAUAUUGUCCCUAAUGCUUCUCUAUGAAAAGAAAUUGGAUUGAACUAGAUGCAUCAACAAGCAUGCUGACAAAGGUGGAGCGGGCCGCUGCAGCAGUGGUGUAUUGGUACUGGAAACCAGGUAAGUAAACUGUGUAACUUUUAACUUUUUUUUUUUUUUACCAGCAAAGGGAGUGGGCAGAGGUCACAACAAUAGAAGGUAAAUUAGAGUCCCCAAAAAAUUGUGAUUAUUUUCAGGACUUUAGGGCCCAUUAUCUACUCAAACCCCAAUGGAUUUUAAACUACAGACAUUUAGUUGGUGGGCACCAUUAUUAUUAAUUCAGUAACAACUGGCAUUCCAUGGUUCGACAUGCAUACUAACAAUUUUUACAUAGCUGAAUCAAGUUAAGUGGAUGUGUAGCUUUGUCAGUCAUAUAUAUUCCAUGUGCUCUGAUGCUUCUAUUUAUUUCUAACAUAAUGUCUUUUUAUUAAAGGAAUAUGAUUAUGUGUUCACAAUUGAUGUGAAUGAAAGUGGUCCAUCUUUCAAGCUCCCUUAUAAUUGUUCAGACGACCCUUGGCUUGUUGCACACAAUUUCCUACAAAAAAAUGAUCUGAAUCCCAUGUUCUUAGAUCAAGUAGCCAAAUUUAUCAUUGACAACACUAAUGCGCAAACAGUCACCUCUACAACAACUGGAUUUGCAGAUCCAUUCACAGGUAAACAUGAAAGAACAAAGAUAAUAGUUGCUUUUUUCCCCUACAAUUAUGUUAGUUUAAUGAUGGUGUGAAGUAUAUUUCUGGUGCAUACAACAAUUCAGAGUUUGCUAGCUUUAAUAAAAUGCAGGAUCGUUUGCCUAUUUAUUCUCAUAUACACAUUUUGCUUGCCAUGUGGGCGCAAAUCUGAAACAUAAUUAUUUAUAUUUGUAGCUCAACUAUCCUUAGGCAUGGGCCACAAAGUUGGUUACUAUGUAUACCCUACAAAUCCAUGACACAUUUCCAAUUGUCCCUAUAUAUACACUGCUUACCGAACAACUUGCAAUGCAUGCCAGAGUAUGCACGUGCAAUUAAAACCUAAAUGAUUGAUCUUUAUCUAAUUUUAGGGAAAUACACAUACAUUAGGCAAUUUAGACAAGAAUCUGUCACUUUAGUAUGUCCUUUGAAAAUAUCUUAAACUUGAAUAUUAACUUAUAAUUUGCUUUUAGUAAACAAUUUUGUUUUACAAAUUUCCAUUUGCUUCAGCAAUAUUUUGCACAUAGCAUAGCUUUAUAAAAGAUCUACCUUUUAAACAGAGAGUGAAGACUGUUGGCUUUGGUGCACUACUAAACUAAUGGGAAUUGAAAAUUACAAAGCAGCGGACAUGGAAUAUUCUCUUUUUGUCAACGCCUGCAAUAAAAUGAACAUGUUUUGUCUCUCGUAGUUUGUGUUUUGAUUUAAUAAAAAUAAACUUUAAGUAACAACUCAUAAACAUGUAACUUUUUGAAUAUCUUUGUAUCACAAUAGGGGAAGGCCGUUAUAUCCCUGAACGCUCAGCCACCUCUGGUUCGUCAGCUGAUCCAUUUACAGGUAUGUAAAAUAACUCUAAACUAAAUUAGACCAUGUCAGUCUCACAAAAAAAAAAAGUAAUAAUCCUUAAGCAUUAAGUGGAUUUGUUAAAUCGUUUUAUAAAGUUCGGGUACUUUGCUACAAAAUAUAAUUCCUCUCAACAGCCAACAGGGCUGGCAUAAUUUCAGGCAGUGUGGACUGCCAGAUGGGUACUUUCAUUUAGAAUGGAAAUACAUUAAACUAGCUGUUCCAGAAAACUCACACAAUUUUCACUUAUCUUAAUAGUUAGUAAUCAAAAACAGGUACUUAAAGGAUAAACCCACCUACUCUUACAAUAAGAAAAUAUUAGAAUAUUGUAUGAUUCUCUGUAAUUGGAUUAAAGUACAAAACAGAUUUGUUAUAAAAGCUGUAGUACCGUAUUUCCAUAUAAAUUUGAGGUAUAAAACUUACCUCCUAACAUAGCAAGGCUUUAAAUCGGUACAGCAUAUUGGGCUAAGAUGAAUAAAGGGACAGGCCCUUCCAAAAAAUGGUUUGUCAGUCUGAAGUGCAUGCACACGGAUACUAAAGACCUGAAUGUGUGCAGAGUGCAUGUGAAACACUGAGUAUUUAUUCGCAGAGUGUGAGUAUGUCUAUUAAUGCAAUCACUGGAACAAUUCCGCAAUGUCUCCCCAUGGAGAUACACCAGAAAAUAACCGCAAAUUGGUGGGACGGAACCCCAAAGCCAGGACUGGUCUACCAAACCCAGGAAAAAAGUUUUGGGAAAAAAAAGAGGGGGUGGGGGGGAUGUUGUGAACAGAUUAAAUUGCCUAUUUACCCAUAUGGUUGCUCAUGUAGACAAGAAUGCCUGUUUUCACUUACAUUGCUGAUAUCACAUUAUAUAUCUGAGUGCCCUUCCUGCUAAUUGGCCUAUAUGACAAUUCAUAAAAUCUGUCUGUAAUGAUGCUUAAGUCAACGGUAACUACAUUCAAUAACCCAAAUACACUAACCAAUUCUGCUCAACUCUGAUGACAAUUAUGAUUUGAAUGAUAUUAUUUAAGAUUAGCUCAUGUUUACUUUUUUUAAAAUAUGAAUACCCUAAAAGAUCACCCCUCUUAAAAAUAUACCCCCAAAAAAUGAUUUGAAUUUAUGAAACAACAAUAUUCACAUUUGAUGUUUUUGCAUGUCCUGCAAAACUCCCAACUUGCCACAAACUCAGGAAUUGGCUGAUGCUUACUUUACUUUCUAUAGCACCACUCAACCUUUCCCAUAUGCAGUGGCUUAUGUGUACAGCAAGAGUUUUGAGAGUUGUUGUUUAAUUGUCCACUUUCUAUUGUAGAAAGCAAACCGCUAACUCUCAGAAACCUAAGUAUGACAUUAUGUACAGCAGCACUUUUUGAGUUUUUAGUUUGAGGGGGAAAAAAAACCCAGCCUAACUUACAUUAACCUAACAUGUACAUUAAAUGUGUUGGUGCCUGAAGUGCCCUUUCAACUGUAAUGCCUGUAAGCCAAGUGGUUCAGCAUUUGCUGUGAGUGUAUUAUCAGACACAAUCUGUGUUUUCAUUAAUAAGACAUGUGGUAUCUCUCUUUUAUAGGAGGUAGCCGUUAUGUACCCGGAUCAACAUCACAGUCUAAUUAUUCAGCUGCAGCAGCAGAUCCAUUUACAGGUAACAAAACAAAGCCAGUAUUUGCCAUUGCAGCUACUAUUGCAGGCUGCAGCUACCAUUGGUACAGCAUGCUGUUAUGUUUUUUUUUAAAUGCAAUUUAAUUCCAUACACAGCAUGGAUAAAGGACUAAUAUUGCUUCUGCAAUGUAAAUGUCAAAUAGUACCGCAGCAGGAUUUCUUUUAAAUGAGGAGGUUUACUUAUUUGCUUUCUAACGUGUUCAUUUGCCACAGGCAGGAAUGCUUAUCGAUCAGCUUCUGCUCAAACUCACAACACAUACUUCCCUAAGAAAGAACCUGUGACUUUUGACCAAGCCAAUCCAGCUCAAAUUUUAGGUGAGUAUUCUGUUGCAUCAUUAUUUCAGUUCAUUAACUGCUUAAGGAAAACCACUUCAGUUUGCUUGUUUUACACUUAAGCAAUUUUUGCUAUGUGUGUGUUCAGCUGCAAUUUCCAUCCUCCUUAUUUAUUGCAUCAAGAUAUAUUAUACACUGUUUUUUUAAAGGCCAAAAGGGUUUGUUUUUUGUUACCACAGUUUUAAAAUAAUAAUGUGAGCAUAAAUAGUGCUCCUUAAGAAAAGCGAUUUUAUAUAUAUUUAUAUAUUUGUCUUGACUUACAAAGCAUAUGCAGGGUUGGCCUUAGGCUUGUAAGCGCACUGUGCGGAAAAUAUUCACAGCUCCCUUCCCUGGUCUCACCUCAUCCAUGUACAGUAUGCAUUUUCCUUCUCAUGCAGACAUUACACUGCACCACCAAUGUCCAGCCCCUGUAAUCAACGCAGGGGCAAAUUUAGCGUGGCCCCUGAAUGGGCGAGCUGCGUUGACUGGCCUGCACCCUUGCUGCCAUAGCAAGCACACCCCUUAGGCAGGUCCUGAGUAUAUGUCUAGGAUUUCAAUUUAUUUUUGGUAGUUACAGGUUACAAAUACAAGGAGCAAAAUCAAAUUUAUAUGUGGAAACAGUGUAGAAUUUGCCAUGUUUGCGUUUAAGCUUAAUAGCCAUCACAGCCAUCAUAGAAAAAACACGUUUUGAUAGCUAUGGCAUUGUAGCAGUUUGACACUUCAAAUUACCCCAUAAUUGCAUACUAUUUAUGAAAGUAGUCCUCACAGGGUAUGUAAUAUGGUAUAUUUUCAGCCUUACUUUACAGCCAUUUUAGCAGUAAUUUCUUUCAAAGUUUUUAUUUCAAUUUUUUCACAUUAUUUACAUUUACAUUGCAAUUUAGCAAUUUAUUUUGUAAACUUGGUGUUUGCUACUGUGAUAAUAUUCACUAAAUUGUGCUCAGCUAUAUCUCCUGUGUACAGAAUGUCCACUUUUGAAUACCAUUGUCAAGUGUUUAUGAAAAUACAGGGCUGAAUUUAUAAGCUGCCCAGUGCCAUUUUGGUUUUUAAAUUUUAAGUUAGGUCUAUGGUGCAUUUUGGGGCAUUUAUUUAAAUUACUCCAUGACUUUAUCACAUUUGCAAAGUCCACAGUGUUUCAUUGUUUUUUUCAAAUUUAUAUUGACUUAUUUUUUUAAAUCUCGUAAAUAAAAUUAUCCUAACUGUACUAUGUAAACUCUGCUGAGUAUAAUGCCCAUAUAUAUAUAUAUAUAUAUAUAUACACACACACACACACACACACAACUCAAAAAAAUAAAGGGAACACAAAAAUAACACAUCCUAGAUCUGAAUUAAUUAAAUAUUCUUCUAAAUUCCUUUGUUCUUUACAUAGUUGAAUGUGCUGACAACAAAAUCACACAAAAAUUAAAAAAUGGAAAUCAAACUUUUCAACCCAUGCAGGUCUGGAUUUGGAGUCACACUCAAAAUUAAAGUCGAAAAACACACUACAGGCUGAUCCAACUUUGAUGUAAAGUCCUUAAAACAAGUCAAAAUGAGGCUCAGUAGUGUGUGUGUGGCCUCCCUUUGCCUGUAUGACCUCAUGCCUGUGCAUGCUCCUUAUGAGGUGGCGGAUGGUCUCCUGAGGGAUCUCCUCCCAGACCUGGACUAAAGCAUCUGCCAACUCCUGGACAGUCUGUGGUCCAACGUGACGUUGGUGGAUGGAGCGAGACGUGAUGUCCCAGAUGUGCUCGAUUGGAUUCAAGUCUGGGGAACGGGCGGGCCAGUCCACAGCAUCAAUGCCUUAGUCUUGCAGGAACUGCUGACACACUCCAGCCAACCGCACCAGCAUAUGGUCUCACAAGGUGUCUGAGGAUCUCAUCUCAGUACCUAAUGGCAGUCAAGCUACCUCUGGCGAGCACAUGGAGCGCUGUGCGGCCCCCAAAGAAAUGCCACCCCACACCAUUACUGACCCACUGCUAAACCGGUCAUGCUGGAGGAUGUUGCAGGCAGCAGAACGUUCUCCACGGCGUCUCCAGACUCUGUCACAUGUACUCAGUGUGAACAUGCUUUCAUUUGUGAAGAGCACAGGGCGCCAGUGGCGAAUUUGCCAAUCUUGGUGUUCUCUGGCAAAUGCCAAACAUCCUGCACGGUGUUGGGCUGUAAGCACAACCCCAACCUGUGGACGUCGGGCCCUCAUACCACCCUCAUGGAGUCUGUUUCUGACUGUUUGAGCAGACACAUGCCCAUUUGUGGCCUGCUGGAGGUCAUUUUGCAGGGCUUUGGCAGUGCUCCUCCUAUUCCUCCUUGCACAAAAGCGGGGUAGCGGUCCUGCUGCUGGGUUGUUGCCCUCUUACGGCCUCCUCCACGUCUCAUGAUGUACUGGCCUGUCUCCUGGUAGCGCCUCCAUGCUCUGGACACUACGCUGACAGACACAGCAACCCUUCUUGCCACAGCUUGCAUUGAUGUGCCAUCCUGGAUGAGCUGCACUACCGGAGCCACUUGUGUGGUUUGUAGACUCCGUCUCAUGCUACCACUAGAGUGAAAGCACCGCCAGCAUUCAAAAGUGACCAAAACAUCAGCCAGGAAGCACAGGAACUGAGAAGUGGUCUGUGGUCACCACCUGCAGAACCACUCCUUUGUUGGAGGUGUCUUGCUAAUUGCCUAUAAUUUCCACCUGUUGUCUAUGCCAUUUGCACAACAGCAUGUGAAAUUGAUUGUCACUCAGUUUUGCUUCCUAAGUGGACAGUUUGAUUUCACAGAAGUGUGAUUGACUUGGAGUUACAUUGUGUUGUUUGAGUGUUCCCUUUAUUUUUUUUGAGCAGUGUAUAUACACACCUUUGCAAAGUAACAAGUCCUAAACCAAACCCCUUUCUAUCCCAGAUCUAAUCAUAAUCUAAGCACUAAUCCUAACCUGCUGUAGCCCAAGAAUAUGCCUAAUAACACUAAUCAUAACCAUAAUUCUAUUUAAUCCUAACCUAGUAGUAGUAUUAGAAGGAAUCCCUCUACUGAAUUCAGCAUUCCCUCUACCAUAAUUCUAUUUAAUCAUAACCUAGUAGUAGUAUUAGAAGGAAUCCCUCUACUGAAUUCAGCAGAGGAAUUCCCUUGCUGGUUUCAGCAGAAGGAUUCCCUUGCUGGCCCUAAUCCUAAACAUGAUAGUAAUCCUAAUCCUUAAUACCAAAGGUUUCACUCUGCUAAUUUUUCAUAAUUGAUUGGUAGCUGUGCUUCAAAUUGUUGAAUAUGUAAGCCAAAACUAGAAACAGUCCAAUGGUGUAGUAUAUCUGGAUAUUUGGAAAUCAAUUUACAUUUAACAGAGCUUCAAGCCAGCUCUGGAAUUUAGGCUUCAGUGGAGCAAUCCCUACUUGGAAUAUGAGGAUUUCUUUCUUUAACCCCUUAAGGACACAUGACAUGUGUGACAUGUCAUGAUUCCAUUUUAUUCCAGAAGUUUGGUCCUUAAGGGGUUAAUGGGUAUGGAAUAUAAAGGAAUAUUAAUAUGGAAUGUAGAACGAGAGACAGGAGCAAUACAUAGUGUAGCAGGUUAUAUAAAUACAGAUAUUUAUAAUAGUAUAUGCACUCAUGAUUCAGAGCCUUAUAUGACUCCAGUAAGGCAGUGUGAAGUGGUAUAAUCCCCCCCUCUAGGAUAAAGUUCACUUAGGUGUUAUCAUCGUUAUCAUGUAAGGUAAAACAGAAGAGUAGUGCUCUCUGCGGAUAUAAGACAGUGUAAUAAAAUAAGACGGAAUCCUUCUUAAAUAUUCCUGAGCAAUAUAUUAUUGCUCAAUUCAUAAGGAUUAGGUAGAUAUAAUCACAAAUGGAUUUGAGGUCCAGGAACAGGGCAAAAAAAACUUAUUAAACUUUAUUUAUAACUAUAUAAAAACAAUAAAACAUUAACAUGUUUCACCUUUUCAAAAGACUUUAAAAGACAAAGUGUAUAAGGAGCUUUCAUGUAUAGAUAGUUUAAAAAUCUAAUUUGAUGCCUACAUGGCGUGUUAGUCACCUAUGAUGUCAUAGGUCGCUUAGAUAUUCAUAAACAAAAUGAAAGAAAAAAGGAUUUAACUAAUUUAUAUGUAACUUUUGCAUGUGUUAAUACAUAAACUUAACUGACAUUGUGCUUUCUAGACAGAUUUUUAAAAUGUAUGUAUUCUCAGUUGGGCUUCAGCAUAAUAGUGGAGCCGAUCAUUAUUAGUAUAAAACAUCCAGAUAUCCAGUACUGAUAUUAACAAAGGAAAUUCUAAGUUAAAACCGCAGUGGCAAAGUUUUGCCACCAUCUACUGGCUGUUUUCAGCAUGACAGGGGAACAUCUGCCAUGCUGAAAAGCCUGCAAUUUGUCAUUACACUACGAUCGAUGCAGGGCAACUGGCCAUGCCCUGCAUAAAUCAUAUUGGAAUAGUAGCAAGUAGGGAGACCCUGGGCGUCUCCUACAGGAUAGCUAAGAAUCACUGUGGCUAAUAGCUAUCGCUCAGUUGCAGUCUUCUCAUUGCAUUUAUUUGGCUGUAUUGCGUGCUCAUUUUCAACCCUGAUUACAGCUCAUCAACCAGUCUGAAGCCAUUAAUUGUGGCCCCAGCUGACAGAUAUCUCGUUAAGACUGAAAUAUAUUGGCAGACAUAUUUGUUCAGGAAAGAGCUACCAUGUGAUUGUUUUCUUUGCUGUUUUAGGUAAACUGAAAGAAUUAAAUGAUUCUGCUCCUGAGGAACAGAGGAUGCCUGAGGAAGAUUUAAUGAGAAUUGAGAAGCUCUUACAUGUUGUGGUUAAUUCAUCAGGAGAAGUGGCAACAGCUCAACAAUUGGACACACUGUGGAGGGUAGUCAACUGGCCUGAAGGUAGGAAAUAAAUAAGUGUCUUUAUUUUUAUCUAUUACUACCUCAAAAAGUCUGUUAGGCCUCAGUAACUACAGUUGGUACUUUCAGAAAUGUCACCUCUGUCACACAUUCUUUUAAGCAAUUUAAGGCGAAUUAUCUCAUGUAAAGAAGCAGCCAGGGCAAUUUUCAUUUAAAGAACAUGCACAUUAAUAGGACCAUACUCUAACCUGUAAUUCAUAUAAGCAGACCACUAGGUUUUUUCCAGGACAUUGUUUAGAUAUCAUUCAUGAUAUGAUCUAAAGACGCUCUUAUUUGUUUUCUCCAUCUAGAAAUUGUAUUUCCUGCCUUAGAUGUUCUUCGUCUAUGCAUCAAGAAUCCAAUGGUAAAUGAAAUGUUCUGCAAUGAUAAAGAAGGAAGUCAGUUCAGUAGCUACCUCUUAAAGCUAAUGCACCCAGGAGGCAGGCAAGCAAAUCAGCUUCUUGCUCUUCGGACAUUAUGCAACUGCUUUUCCUAUGAUCCAGGCACAAAACUCAUGAUGUCACAAAGAGACACUUUAAUCACAAAAGCAAUAGAACUUAAAUCAGUCAAUAAUAAGAAUAUUCACACUGCCUUGGCCACGUUGAUACUUAACUACGCUAUCUGUUUACACAAAGCUGGUGACUUGGAAGGGAAAGCCCAGUGUUUAUCGGCCAUCAGUACAGGUUUAGAAGUUGUUAAAGACCUUGAAGCUUCUUUCCGACUGCUUGUGGCCCUUGGGACCUUAAUCAGCGAUGAUGAAAAUGCUGUGCAGUUAGCCAAGUCCCUUGGAGUAAAUUCUCAAAUUAAAAAAUACAUGUCUGUCACAGAACCGGCCAAAGUUAAUGAGUGUUGUAGGCUUCUUUUAAAUAUACUGUAAAUCCAUCUAUAUUUUUUUUUUCUACCACUGAAGGAAAAAAUAAACAUAUCAAUGAGGUGUAGUGUUUUCUUAUUAUUCUGUACUACAAAUAUAUUGAAGAUAAAAUGCGGUGGAUUGAAUGCUGAUUUGAUGAAGGUUUGUCAUGUUGUAAAAUUAAAUUGGCUGAAAAUAAAAAUUUGCACUGAUUUAUGUUGUUUUCUUGCAAGUGUGUUUAAUCAGCUUUUACAAAAUAAAGGGAUAGCAUUGAUCUCAUGGUCAAAUAUAUUUUCUGAUGACUGAGUCAUUGUAAUACUAUUAUAUAGUUUGGUGUUUUUUUUUUAAAUAAUAAUGCAAAUAAAGUUUAGAGGCAUAUAGACAUCAAUUCUCAUCACCUUAUAUCCUGUUUGUUAGAAAUACUCAAAGAAAUAGGAAGAGAAUGAUAAAAAAAAAGAGUAGCAGAAGUGGAAAUUAAUAGGAAAUGGAUAUCCUCUCAGGAAAGAUAAAUACAUGGGCAUCAUUUUCAAAAUAUACACUGUUACAAGAACUUUCUGUAUCAUAUGCUUAUGUUUUUGAAAAUGUGUUUAGCAGUUUGUUUGUUUUUUAUAAAAUUUGAAUAAAG